UUUGAAAGCUCAGUCAAAUGGCUAAGGAAACUGAAAAGUUCGGCACCUGAGCCUGAAAUCGGGUCCGAACUUGGAUCUAGCCCGUCUGUCAUGUCUAUUUUAGGGGUAAAUAUUUUACCCUAAGGUAAAGCAAUUAGGCGGGAAAGUUAAAGCCCUCAAAACAACAUUUUUCACACUGCAAUAACAAUUUUCUCUCAAAAUCCGAUUCUCCUCAUCAACUUAUCGGCGACCAGCGGUUUACGACGAAGGAGAAAACGACGUCGACAUGGAAAUAGUAGCUUCAGCGCCGGAGUUGACGUCGGAAAUGGAGCUCGUACGUCGUAAGCUCCGUCAACGGUGGGAGUUAGCCUCUGUUUUAAACUUUCUCAACGUUUUUGAGCCGGUGCUCGAAAUCAAAUUGAAAAUUUCAGCUGAGGAGAUAGAAACAGCCCUCAUUGAGCCAAAUGAUACUCUUGCUCAGCUGCAUAUCAUGCUUCUGAAGGGGAUACCUCCUGUGAGUAAACUACUGAAGGAUUCGAAUCGAUGGGUGAUAGCAUUAAGCAAGAAACUUGAAAUGUGGUGGCCAUGGGUUGCUGAAGGGACUUUUCCAUUGACUGCAAAAAAGGGAGAGGAGAUGGCCACAUACAAGGCGCUCGAUCCGGCAGUUCGCCUGCUUAUUCUUAAAGCACUUUGUGAAAUUCGAGCUGAUCAAGAUGACGCCAUAUCUUACAUUAACCAUGAAACUAAAAGUAAAACUGAUGCUUCUGUUUUCCGUAAGGAGAAGCUUGGGGGCAAUGGAGAUGAAGUUUCAUUCUGGUAUGAUGGGAAUGAAACUAUUGGGCAUAGAUUAUACAAGGAAGUUUGUCAAAUUCAAUCCAUGUCAAAGGUAAAGAAUAAGAAAAGCAUAUCAGCUAUCACUUCUCAGUGGGAGACACUUGCUACUACGUUUGAAGAAUUUCAAAAUUUUGUGGAAGAGUUCUCAUCAAGUCAAGUUAAAUGGGAAGCUGAUGUGGGCAAGGCUGUUGAAGCUCAUGCUAUUCCUGCUCUUCAGAAAAUUCAGAGGAAGAAAGAUAUGGCUCUGAAGCGACAGCAAAGACUCGUAGAAAGCUUAAGAAACCUUGCAGUUCCUCGUUCUUGCAGGAUUCGUAGGCCAGUCAAUUACAGAUGCGAUGAUUUUGAUAGAGCAAUCAAUGAGGCCAUACAAGUAACAAACAAACGGAAGGCAAUUGAAGAACCAACAAAUGAAACUCAACUCAGUGAGCAUGCGCCUAGGAUUGGAACCAUUUCCCUGGAUUCCUCUCCAGCAUCUAACUCCAUAAGCAGUGAUGCCACAGACAGUGAAACUGAGAGUGAUGGGCCUCAAGGAAGCAAUGAUGACGUUGAUGAUACCAGUGAUGAGGUUGAUGAAGCUGAUCUUGAUGAAGAUGAUACUGACUCAAUGAAGGAAAUUAACAUAGCUGGCAACAGAAAGCAGUCAAUGAAUGAGAAUAGUCGCUUGGACUAUAGGCCAAGCAGUUGUCGCUACAGUAAGCGGCUAGCUGGAGUUGCUGGCUUUGCUGUUCCAGAAAGUACUCAUAUAGGUGCGAAAAAUAGGUUGAGGCAAAGACCUACUGUCAAUACUGCUGCUGAGUCUGUUGUCAUUCCUGAUUCAGAAGAUGAAAACUGAUCAGGACGCACUUGUAACAGGAGGACAUGCCAUUAGAACCGAUCUCUAUUUUGGUACAGUUUCGGUGAUUAUCCUUCCGAGCCAAAUGAAUACGGCUUUUGGAAAAGCAAAUCGGUUGUUACCACCUUAGUCAUAAUUUUGCAUAUAUAGUAAUAGUAAGUGUCUGUAAACUUAGGGAAGGCAGAAAGUGUAGUUGUUUUGGUUCAAACAGUAACGUAGUUAAUGCUUCAUUACUUUUCUGUAAAAGCAAAUCAGUUGUCACCACCUUAGUCAUAAUUUUGGGUAUACGGUUAUCUAGCAACAUGGCUUCAGAAAAUUGUCUGUGAACUUAUGGAAGGCAGUAAGUGUAGUUAAUGCUUUCAUUAGUUUCUGUAAAGCCAUGUGCUUUUAUG